AAGCUGGUUACUUUCCCCAACAACAAUUUGUUAAUCCUCCACAACAAGUUGUUAAUAAUCCUGCACAACAAUUUGUUAAUAAUCCUCCACAACAAUUUGUUAAUAAUCCUCCACAACAAUUUGUUAAUAAUCCUAUAAAUCCUCCACAACAAUUUACUAAUAUUCCAAUGAAUCCUCCACAACAAUUUACUAAUAUUCCAAUGAAUCCUCCACAACAAGUUGUUAAUAAUCCUCCACAACAAUUUGUUAAUACUCCUAUAAACCCUCCACAACAAUUUGUUAAUACUCCUAUAAAUCCUCCACAACAAUUUGCUCGACAAACUGUUAUUUAUCCUAUGAAUCAUCCACAACAAUUUGCUACAAAUACUCCAAAAAUGGGGUUUAUGGGUCCUCAACAAUUUAAUAAUCAUCCUACGAGUCCUCCACCUGUACAUAUUAAUCAACCGUCAAUGCCAAGAAAAAAUACUGCACAAUUGAAAAAAGAGGCUGAAGAACAAAAGAAACGACUUAAAGAAGAAAGAAAAAAUUAUCCAUACAGGAAUCCUUCUACUUGUACUAGAAGAAAGACUGUGGGAUUUCAUCUUAGUGAUACGAUUGGAGUUUUUUUAUGUAAAAUAAAUUAUUAUUAUUGGAUGGGUAAAAGUCGAAAAGAAUUAACAAGAACAAAAUGUACCAAAAUUGAGCUUACAGAUAAUUAUAUAGGAUUAAUAAAAUUACUCGUUUUAGUUUGUGUACUUUGUCUUUUACCUACACAAACUGUUUCCACUAAAAUGA